UCAUGCCCUACAACAACAGCAGGCUGUUCCUGGUGACCAUGUACAGCUCCGUGUCCGUGCUGGCGCUGCCGGCCAACUUCCUCACUCUGUGGCUGACGCUGCUGCAGGUGCGCAAGGGCAACGUGCUGGCCAUCUACAUGUUCUGCCUGGCUCUGUGCGAGCUCUUGUACGCCAGCACCCUGCCGCUCUGGGUCAUGUACAUCUGGAACAACCACCACUGGGCCCUGGGCGACUGGGGCUGCAGGGUGGCUGCCUACGUCUUCUUCUGCAACAUCUACGUCAGCAUCCUCUUCCUGUGCUGCAUCUCCUGUGACCGCUUCAUGGCCGUGGUGUACCCGCUGCAGAGCCGGGCACACUGCCACCAGAAGGUGGCCAUCUUCGUCUCUGCCACGGUCUUCGUGCUGGUUGGCACCAUUUUCCUGCCAGUGUUCCGGGACAAAACCAACAACACCUGCUUUGAGUCGGUGCCGGUCAACCAAAGGACCGCUGGCUACUACUACUCACGCUUCACCUUGGGCUUUGCGCUGCCGCUGUCCAUCAUCACCUUCACCAACCUGCAGGUCUUCAGGAGAAUCAGGCAGAGCAUAAGCUUGAGCAGUGCCCAGAAGGCCCGGAUAAAGCGCCUGCUCGUGGCAGUGGUGACCAUCUUCCUGAUCUGCUUCACGCCCUACCACCUGGUGCUGCUGGCCAGGGCCAUCACCUUCUCCUACUACCAAGAUAACGUGACGGCCCUGUGCCAGCGGGAGUGUGAGUUCUACACGCCCUACAUGGUCUUCCUGUGCCUGUGCACGGUCAACAGCGUGGCCGACCCCAUCUUCUUCUCCCUGGCCAUGGACUCCUGGCUGCGGCAGAACGCCAGACGCCUCCGCUGGAGCCCCAGGCACGGCCGGACUAAGACUACCCAGCUUACGGCUUCCAAGGACGUGGAGGAGCCGCGGCUGCCCACGGACAGCUGCACGCUCCCCACGAUUGUGGCCCCCCCGGGGGCCCCGCAGGGCACACGGGCCUUGCAGAGAACCCUGCACGAGGAGCCCUGCUGAGAUGCAUGC